UACUCGCCGAAGGAGGAGCACAAAGUAAGAUGGCAGCGCCCAUACUGGUUGAUGUGUUCCUGGACAUGUGAACCACGCUCCUUCCUAUUCCUUUGAUUGCCAACAUAUUCUGCACAGAAUGUUCCGUUGCAAUACGGUAUUUUUGUAUCCAUGUUGGAGAAGACAACUGAAUGGAGUACUAGACCCAACUAAAUGGCAGAAUAGGCGAAUCCUAAGAUGGAGCAGAACUAUUUUUAGUGAAACAGGAAAGUGGGAACAAAAUUAUACAUCAGAGACCAGGAAGAAAGUUGAAAAUUGGUGGUGUUCAAGAAUAAAGGAAUCAUUCAGCAAAAUCACAGAAACAGAUAAAUCAAAGCCAAAGUAUUACAUCCUGUCUAUGUUCCCAUAUCCUUCUGGAAAACUUCACAUGGGCCAUGUUCGAGUAUACACCAUAAGUGACACAGUAGCAUGGUUUCAAAAAAUGAGAGGAUAUCAGGUGAUAAAUCCAAUGGGAUGGGAUGCAUUUGGACUACCAGCAGAGAAUGCAGCAAUUGAGCAUGGAUUCCAUCCAGCAGAGUGGACCCAAAGUAAUAUUCAACAUAUGCGAGAGCAGCUUGAUGUAUUAGGCUUGUCUUUCAGCUGGGAUCGGGAAAUAAUCACUUGCUCUCCUAAGUACUACAAGUGGACGCAAUAUCUUUUUAUUAAGCUUUAUGAAGCUGGUUUAAUCUAUCAGAAUGAAGCAAUGGUGAAUUGGGACCCAAUGGAUCAGACUGUCCUUGCUAACGAACAAGUUGAUGAAAACGGCUGUUCAUGGCGUUCAGGAGCAAAGGUGGAAAAAAAAUACCUUAAACAGUGGUUCAUUAAGACAACUGCUUAUGCAAAGGCCCUGCUUGACGGUUUAUCAAAUCUCCCCAAAUGGUAUGGAAUAAAGGAAAUGCAAGCUAAUUGGCUUGGGGAUUGCACUGGAUGUUAUUUUGAGUUUAUGCUGAAAAUUAAUAACAAACCAACAGGAGAAACAAUAGCAGCAUAUGCCUCAGUACCUGAAGCUAUAUAUGGCUCAUCCCAUUUGUAUAUCUUAUCUAACCAUCGAUUGUUACAUGGAAAUAGCCUUCUCAAAGAAAUUUUCCAGAGGGAAUUUGUUCAAGGAAAAGAUUCUCUUACCUCAGUGACUGCUAUGAAUUUACUCACUAAUCAGGAAAUACCUGUAGUCGUCUCAGCAAAAUCAGAGUUUGAAGGCUGCCUUGAUUUGAAAAUAGGAAUCCCUUGCAUUAGCCCAGAUGAUGCUGAAGUUGCUAAAAAAAUGGGCCUUGCUUUUGCUGAAGUAAUUGAAACAUUUCCAGAUGGCUCACAGAGACUGAUAAACUCUGGAGAGUUUACAGGUAUGACUAGAGAAAAGGCAUUAAAUGCCAUCACUCAGCAAGCCAAAAAUAAAAACAUAGGAGGAUUCUUAACAAGUAAUAAACUAAAAGAUUGGCUGAUCUCACGACAGCGUUAUUGGGGCACUCCUAUUCCAAUCAUUCAUUGUCAGAAUUGUGGCACCGUUCCUGUACCUUAUGAUGAUUUACCUGUGCAAUUGCCCAACAUUAUUUCCUUUAAAGAAAAAGAGGCCUCACCUUUACUUUCCAUUUCACACUGGGUUAAUUGUCCAUGUCCAAGGUGUAAGAAGCCUGCAAGGAGAGAAACUGACACAAUGGAUACCUUUGUUGAUUCAGCUUGGUAUUAUUUAAGGUACACUGAUCCUCAUAAUACUGAAAGGCCUUUUGAUAAAGAUUUGGCUGAUUACUGGAUGCCUGUUGAUCUGUAUAUUGGAGGAAAGGAGCAUGCAGUUUUGCAUUUGUAUUUUGCCAGGUUUUUCAGUCAUUUUUGUCAUAAUCAGAAUAUGACUAAACACAAAGAACCUUUUCAUAAGCUCUUAGUUCAAGGACUAAUCAAGAAUCAAACAUUCAAGCUACCAAAAAUGGGCAAGUAUUUGAAAAGAGAAGAAAUUGAUUUUUCUGGUCCUGAACCUAUUCAUGCAAAAAGCAAAGAGAAACUGCAGGUGUCAUGGGACAAAAUGAGCAAAUCCAAGUACAAUGGAAUUGAACCUGAAGAUAUAAUUGAGAAGUAUGGAAUUGAUACAGUCCGGCUAUACAUCCUCUUUACUGCCCCUCCAGAGCAGGAUAUCUUGUGGGAAGCAAAGACUGAUGCAAUCCCUGGAGUGUUACGAUGGCAAACUCGCAUCUGGCACCUAGCAACUAAAUUUAUAGAAGCCAGAAAUUCUGGUCCACUACCAAGUCCUCACUUACUUAACCAGAAAGAUAAACUGAAUGCCAGACAUAUUUGGACACAGAAGAACUUCACUGUCUCUCAGGUAACAGAAUACUUCCUGGAAGAUUAUUUGUUUAAUGGCAUAAUUUCUCGACUGAUGGGCCUCAGUAACAUAUUGUUGCAAGCCUCUGAACAGCUUAUCAUCCACAGUGCAGAAUUUGAAGAUGCUCUGGCAACUCUCUUUGUUAUGCUGGCUCCAUUGGCACCACACCUGACUUCAGAGAUCUGGAAAGGAGUAUCACAUGUUCCAGACAAACUGUGUACUCAUCAUCACUGGGACAUGGAUGUACUGCAGCAGCCUUGGCCCACUGUAGAUCCUGAAUAUUUUCAACUGCCAGACAUAGUAGAAGUGUCAGUACUGAUCAACAAUAAACUCUGUGGUAAAGUUAAAGUACCCCAACAAGUAUCCCGAGAUGCAGAAGUAGUACGUGAACUGGUUGUUCAAAGUGAACUAGGGAGUGAAUACCUUCAAGGAAGAACAAUUACAAAGUUUUUCUUAUCUCCUCGAACUGCCCUCAUCAACUUCCUCAUCCAGGAUUAAGAAGAUAUUUCCUUAGAAUUGUCUGUGUCGGG